AUGGUUCGGCGACUGCAACUCCUUUCGAUUGUAGCGCCGAUCAACAACUACGACUCAUCAACCGGUAUCAAUAGGGCUAGGGUGGAGCAAAUGGAAGACCGGUUGAAGGAAGACAUAUUGCUAGAAGCUGCAAGAUGGUCAAAUGGUGGAUCAAUGGGAGCCAGUCACACCGACUCUGUCAAAACAUCACUACAGGCCUAUUUAGAACUCCAAACAAGAAAAUUCCUUGUUGACUACGAACGCAUUCCAGUAACAGAUGAAAAAUCACCCAAGGAACAUGAUUUUGAUACAUUGGUUGAUAGAAUUUCAAGAGCUGAUCUCAAGACAUAA